AUGGGCGCUCGCUUUUUGAACGCCAGCACCAAGGAGGUGAAGAAGGACUCUACAAAGAAGGAAAAGAUAAAGGUAGAGGCAAAGCCAUUGGAGACGGGCCAGAAGGCCGGCUUAUUCCAGUUCACGGGUGACGAGAAUUGGGACGACACGGACGAAGAGGACGAGGACGAGGAGGACGGCGACGAGAAGGACGAGAAGGAGAAAGCAGACGAUGAUGACGACUUUACGCUCGCGUGGGAGAUACUAGACUACGCGCGCGUGCUAUUCGAGAAGCAGUUAUCCCCUGAGGCCAAGAUCGAGCCAGAAACCAAGGCCGAGAACGGAACCACAGAGCCCGGGUCUGCCGAUGCUGCUGCUGAAUCCGAGCCCGCCGCCGAGUUGACAGAAGACGAGACCCACUCGCUCAAGGUCAUGCUCGCCGACACCUACGACAUCCUCGGCGAAGUCUCGCUCGAAUCCGAGUCCUUUGCGCAAGCCGCCAAGGAUCUUGCCUCCGCCCUGGACCUCAAGCUCACUCUCUACCCGCAAGAAUCCACGCUCAUCUCAGAAGCGCACUUCAAGCUCUCCCUUGCGCUCGAAUUUACCGCCGCCGCAGAGGACGUUUCACCCAGCGACCGCGCCAAGGGUCGUGAUGCCGCCGCCGAGCAGAUGGAGAAGGCCAUCGCAUCCUGCCGCGCGCGCAUCGCGAAGGAAGAAGCAGAGCUUGGCGCGGACGGGAGUGGUAAAGGCAAAGGGAAGAAGGUGGUCACGAAGAGUCUCAAGGACGCCCGGGAGAUGGUUGAGGAGCUUGAGACGAGACUCGUGGAUCUAAGAACGCCAGAAACGGUACCCGGCCAAGAGAAGCUGGAAGGUCUGUUGGGACAGCUGAUCGGCGAGGACCAGGUCGGCGCCAAGAAGAGGAUCGAGGAGGCCAUGAGUAAGGCCAAUGAUCUGACCGGGCUGGUCAGGAAGAAGGUGAAGGUUGAAGAGCCUGCUCCUACGCCUGCGCCUGCGCCCGAAAAGAAGGAGCAGGAGAAGGUAGAUGUUGUGGUUGGCGAGAGCAAGGGCGGCAAGAGAAAGCUUGACGACCUCGCUGAAGAGGCCGCACCAGAAGACCAGGGCGAGAAGAGCGAGGGCGAGAAGAGCGAGGGCGAGAAUAAAAAGACCAAGACAGAGGAAAAGUAA